AUGAAGCUCAACGUCGCCAACCCGGCCACGGGUGCCCAGAAGUCGUUCGACAUCCAGGAUGAGCGCCUUGUCCGCUGCUUCUACGAGAAGCGCAUGUCGCAGGAUGUCGAGGUCGACUCGCUCGGCGAGGAGUGGAAGGGCUACGUCCUCCGCAUCGGUGGUGGUAACGACAAGCAGGGUUUCCCCAUGAAGCAGGGUGUCCUCCUGCCCAACCGUGUCCGCCUGCUCCUCGGCAAGGGUGACUCGUGCUACCGCCAGCGCCGCACUGGUGAGCGCCGCCGCAAGUCGGUCCGCGGCUGCAUCGUCGGCCCCGAUAUCCAGGCUCUCCACCUGAUCGUUGUCAAGCAGGGCGAGAAGGAGAUCCCCGGCCUCACUGACGCCGAGUCGACCGUCCCCAAGCGCCUCGGCCCCAAGCGUGCCAACCACAUCCGCAAGUUCUUCAACCUCAGCAAGGAGGACGACGUCCGCAAGUACGUCAUCCGCCGCGAGGUCCCCUCGAAGAAGGAGGGCGCCCCGCCCAAGACCAAGGCGCCCGCGAUCCAGCGCCUGAUCACCGCCCAGCGCCUCCAGCGCAAGCGCCACCUCAGGUCGCUCAAGAGCAGGAAGCACGCCCAGCAGGCCGAGCAGAAGGCCGAGUACGACGCCCUCAUUGCCAAGCGCGUGGCCGAGAAGAGGGAGAAGAGCACCGCUGCCAAGCAGGCCAAGAAGGCCGCCAAGGCUGCCAAGGCCUAA